CGCCGCGCAGGCGCCCGGCGCUGGGACGGCGGCCCCGGUAAGAGCGGGAGAACGGCGCGGCGGGGAGGAGCAUGGACGGGACGGUGAGCCUCGCCUCGCGUCCCGCCGGCCCCCUGGCCCGAGCUUCCGUCUGGCUCGACCCCGCGGCGGGACUUGCCUUGGCUCUGCCCCGGGCACCUGCGGGAGCUCCGGCUGCGGGACGCCGUCGCCCGGGCACUGUCUCCCGCCAGCGGCACCGCCGCGCCGGGCUCGGAUCGUACGCGUUCGGCUGCCCGCGGAGGCGCGGGCUGGAGCACCCUGACGUUGCUCCCGCCGUUCUUCCCUCCGGACUCGGCGUGGCGCCGGUGCGGCCGCCCGCCCGGUCCCGCCGGCCGUCAGCGCCCGUCCCUCGGCCGUGUUCCGGUGGCUUCGCUGCCUCGCAGGGACGCGGUCGGCUCGGAGAGAAGGGCGGAGCGGGGGAGCCCAGUACUCAUUUGCCGCUGCCAAAUGUGCACUGCAGGCCCCCUCGGAAGGUUUUCCCUCAGCGAGGACUGACUUUCCCGGGCGAUACAGCAGCGCUUGUCUGGAAUUGCCCAGCCUGCCCUGCUCAGGUGUGGUCCUCUGGAGACAAGGGUCUUCAUAACACCCUGUCCCUGGCAAUACUCCACACUCCAGUCUGUCUUGUGACUGACAGACAGUUGUCAUCAGUGCUCCAGGAACAGCUACCCUUCAUGCAGGAGACAGCACCUUUUGAGAGAAACAGCAUUUUCUUUUGCUGCCUCUGAGCUGCCCAUCAGCUCUGUUUUCAAAGUGAAAUACUUAGUCCCAGGUACUACCUUAGGACAAACUGAUCCUGUAGGAGACUAAUACUCUACAUGGCCUUCCAGAAGAUCUUGAGUUCCCACACAGGCAAACUGUCUUGCUUUGGCAUUACAGGCUUACUGCUGGAGAUGGCUGAUCCCUCCAUCCCUCCUGCUCCCUGGCUAGCAUGGCCUGUGGAGGGACCCCGUGUGCAAGUUGCAGCUGGUAAAGACUGAGGUUGAAAUUUAGUGGGGAACUGAGGAGAAAACAGUGUCAUUCAUCAGUUAGUGUGAUCUGGGGGUGUGUUUGUGCAGUGUCCUUGCCUAGCACUCUCAGCACUGUCCUUCUUGGAGAGAUUGGCUUCAUACUGGUGCCCAUCCAGGGGAGCCCUGCAGCUUCUGAAAAUAACCAGUUCCUCGGUGCUGCCUGUGGAGCAAUCAACAACCAGCUGUUUACCAUGGGGACACCACUAUGAGAAACCAGCCCUUCUUCCCUGGCAGAGCACAGGCAGGGAUCUGUGAGGAAGAAACUCCCAGUCUGGCCUUGUCCUUAAGGCAGCGAGAGGAGCUGGAUCCAAAUGCAUCCUUGGCCUACUGUCUUAGAGAUGUUCUUGCUUCAUGUCAGAGAGAAUAUCUACUGCUAAUUCAGCAUGACAUAAUACCAAGUUUCCUGCCCUGUCCUGUUGGAUAAGUUUCCUGCUUCCUCGAGGUCCACACACAUGUUACUCUGGGUGUUCAUCAACUACUCAGCGUGGAACAGCGACCUGGGAUGCCAUCAGGAGCUCGAAUGCCCCAUCAGGGGGCUCCCAUGGGUCCCCCAGGCCCCCCAUAUGUUGGAAGCCCCUCAGUGCGACCUGGGAUGCCCCAGGCUGUGAUGGAAACGACACGCAAACGCACUGCACCGCAGCAGGUCCAGCAGCAGCAGGUGCAGCAGCAAGUGCAACAGCAGCAGCAGGCCCCACAGAACCGAACCAGGAGUGCCAAGAGGAGGAAGAUGGCUGACAAAAUUCUCCCUCAGAGGAUCCGGGAGCUGGUUCCUGAGUCCCAGGCCUACAUGGAUCUGUUGGCCUUUGAACGCAAACUGGACCAGACCAUUAUGCGGAAGCGUGUGGAUAUUCAGGAGGCGCUCAAGAGGCCAAUGAAGCAAAAGCGGAAGCUGAGACUUUACAUCUCCAACACAUUUAAUCCUGCAAAGUCCGAUGCUGAUGACUCUGACGGCAGCAUUGCUUCGUGGGAGCUGCGAGUGGAGGGGAAGCUCCUGGAUGACCUCAGCAAACAGAAACGGAAGUUUUCGUCCUUUUUUAAGAGUUUGGUUAUUGAGCUGGACAAAGAUCUUUAUGGACCUGACAACCAUCUUGUGGAGUGGCACAGAACACCCACAACCCAGGAAACGGAUGGCUUCCAGGUGAAAAGGCCUGGAGAUGUCAGCGUGCGGUGCACAUUGCUCCUCAUGUUGGACUACCAGCCUCCGCAGUUUAAGCUGGACCCGCGAUUAGCCCGUUUGCUGGGGAUACACACGCAGACCCGGUCAGCCAUCAUCCAGGCUCUCUGGCAGUACAUCAAAACUAACAAGCUGCAAGACUCCCACGAUAAAGAAUACAUUAACUGCGACAAGUACUUCCAGCAGAUCUUUGACUGUCCACGGCUAAAGUUUUCUGAAAUUCCCCAGAGACUCACGAACCUGCUGCUGCCACCAGACCCUAUAGUGAUAAACCACGUCAUCAGUGUUGACCCCAAUGACCAGAAGAAGACGGCUUGUUAUGAUAUAGAUGUAGAAGUUGAAGACCCAUUAAAGGGACAGAUGAGUAGUUUUCUCCUCUCAACAGCUAACCAGCAGGAGAUUACAGCACUGGACAACAAGAUUCAUGAGACAAUUGAAUCGAUAAAUCAGUUAAAAAUACAACGUGAUUUCAUGCUGAGCUUCUCUAAAGAUCCCAAAGGAUACAUCCAAGACCUUCUCCGGUCCCAGAGCAGGGAUCUUAAGGUGAUGACCGAUGUAGUUGGAAACCCAGAGGAGGAGCGCAGAGCUGAAUUUUACCAUGAGCCAUGGUCUCAGGAGGCUGUGAGCAGAUAUUUCUACUGCAAGAUCCAGCAGCGCCGGCAGGAACUGGAACAGUCUCUGGGAGUGCGCAACACAUAAGCACCGCUCGGAGAUCCCGUUGGCAUCCAGACCACCAAACCAGUGGACUUUUCAGUGUUACUUAGCUCACUGUUACACACGGACCUGCUUCCUGACCGGAUGCGGAUGUACCAUCAACACUCCAGUCAGAACACCAGCUUUUGAGUGACCCUUGAAAGUCUCGCCCAUGGUUUGAGGGUGUCUCAGACCAUUCCGGGCCAGACACGGCACCAUGCACGUGUCAUCAUUGAAGAAGAUUAAAGGCUCAUUCAUCAACGUGCAUCAUUUAAGUUUUACUGGAAAGCUCAGACACUACACAGCAAAUGCUAAUGGGCUAUGCAUAGAAUUGUGGGUGGCAUCGAUGGGGGAGGCUGAGAUAGGUGUUGUAGGAGACUACAGACUUAGAAAAAUAAAUGCAGUUCUCAUCCUGUGUUACCCGAGAGUCUCAAACGGUAACUUCUCUGGAAUCGGCCGAGACAGUCUUUCUCACAGGUGUGGAGUGCUUUGUAUUCCUGAAUAGAGUUUUUAUUCCAGCUGGAGCAGUGCAAAAGGCCAUCUGACCGCGUGAAAGAACACAUAGGAGGAUUUUCAUUCCUGGAGUGAAGAGCCCCUCUUGAAGAAAGACUUAUAGUUAGAACAUCUCUUCUGCAAACUCUGCUACUUCCUCUUUUCUUUGCCCCUGCAGCGAAAGGUAGACUGAAUUACAUAUCACUAGAUGGCUAUGAUCAACAUUCUGUACUGAGAGGAAGAAAAGCACCCCUGGGGUAAGAGCUUCUUAGGCAUCCUUAGGCUGAAGCAAGAAAUGAGGAAUUCUGAGAAAAUGAGGCCUUGUGAAACCUGCCUGGAACACAGCAGGUGUUAACAACAGGGAUACGCGGAAUACGAGAGGUCUUCGGUGUUUCUCUGCAUGCCAGAGGGUUCAGCACUGGAAAGAACUUCUCUAAUUGUGAAGCUGGUGCAGAAUCCAGGAAGCUGAACUUCAAUAUAAUGUGGCAGUUUUCUCUCUAGUUCAAGAUACGACCACAGUCCCCGGAUGGGUGUCACAUUUUGGUCAUAGGUGAGCUGCCACUCGCUCCGAGUGUUUCGGUUCCCCCAGAUGUGACGGCAUCCUGGCUGUGUGGGAUGCAGCCUUGAGCAGCACAGGGAACGUAUCCCUUGGAAACCCUGUUCUUUGUAAACAUAUGACAGAUGCAGAAUAUGGGAAUUUGUACCAAAUGUACUCAGAAGCAGGGGCACCUCCACUAAAUCCCACCCCCCUCGCUUUCUGUGGCACACAGAUUAGUUUGUCAUUAAUGGCCCAAUGUGUUUUCUGGUCCAAAACGCAGCUGCCAAAUGAUGUCGCACUGAAAAUUCUUUUCUAGGUUACUCUUUUUCAUCUCCUUUCUUUCACGUUCUUGGAAAGAGAAUCAAGCUCAGAGGUGGCACGGAAGGGAGGCAGCCCUUCUGAGGGAUACAUUUUGCUGUGUCAUCGUUCUUCUUUCCAGAUUUAUUUCUUGAACUUAAGUUUCUUCUGUUCGGUCACAGAAGAGGUCGUCUUCUCUUCCACUCCUUUAUUUAACACCUCUGCUUUCACACUAACGGUGCCACAGCUUUUACUCUGUCCAUUGUGUUCAGAGGUGUGUUGGAAAGUUUAGAUUUGAUGGCAGUCAUGUGGUGGCAGCACCGUGGUGCAGAGCUGUUGGCGUGAGGAAGGGCAGAGCUGUGCCUCUUUGCCUGCGGCCUUUGCCGGGAAUGGCUUCGUUUGGAACUCUUUUUGGUGUUAAAACACAGUAAAAUGUGAGAUCCUGCAGUCUUAAACUGAGUAUGGUGAAUGACGGACAGUGAAUGACUUGAUAUCUUACUUACUUUAGGACUCCACUAGUUGGACUACGAGCAGGUGUGAUGAGGGAAGGCAGUGGGGGGCAUCUGCUGCCGUGCUUCCGUGUCUCCUGCGCUGCUGUGUCAGUUGUGUGCAUGCUGUCCAGUGUAUAAAACUCAUUCCUGUGUGUGAUAAACAGAGCAGCUACUUUCAGGGGAUGCAUUCAGUCUCCAGGAAUAAGAAAAGCAGAGAAAGAUAAGGAAGGAUGCGAGAAGAGCAUGGGACCGGGAUAGAUGCCUGCAGGACGUGUGCCAGGGAAUUCUGCUCUUUGGGAACUUUCCCAUUGAAGUGGCAGAUACUUAUACAGACUUCUCAGUCCUGUGCCACAGCUGGCAACAUAACGGGAUCCAGCCUGCUAAUAGAGUCUCUCUCUGGAAUUAAUUGGGCGGAUCUGUUUCCUGGUCUCUCUUUCAGAGCAAAAUAACAAAGCAAAUGUGGUGUUGCUGCCCACUGUCCUCAACAGCAUCCCCAGUGCUGCACUCUGUGUGUGUGCGUACGCACGUGCGAAGGCAGGAGUCAGACAGUACAGCAGGCAUUGAGGAUGGCAAUCCACUGUCCAUAUUCCUACUGGAUGUAAAAAGACUGGUCAGAAACAGUCUCUGGAAUGGCUGUCAGGGACCUUUCCUCUGGUUAAACUGGGGUAUGCUGCUUUGGGGCCUUUUUCAUGUGUUCAUAAGCAGUUUGGGCCCUUUACUGCAGAGACAUGGGGAGAAAUCUUGUCUUCUGUUCCAGGAGUGCAGCCAGGAGCUCGCUUGUUUGCAAGAAAGAGAAAUGAUGUUGGAAGAGAAAUAAUGGAGCGAUAGCGGGAAGAGCUGGACCAAAUGCUGCUUGGGGACAUGAAAAUGAGAGGCAGUGGUACUGAACAAGCACAUAAUCUUGGUGGAAUGGGAAUGAGAAAUGCAUUUUCAGGCCAGGAUGGUUGUCUUUGUGUUUGUAUAGAAGAUGACAAGAAGCUUUGGGGUCUUCGGUUUCUCCCAAAGUCUGUGCAUUCUGCAGAGAAACAUUCUGUGUGUAGGAGUAGUUAAUGUAUAGCUGGUAAUAGAGAGCAUUAGAAUAUCCAGCAUCAGACUAGAAAGGGCUAAAACAGAAUCCUGGAGUAUGAAUGGAAGGGAAAUACACCUUGGAGCUGAAGCGUUGAUAUGGCAGGUUUGAAGCAGUCUUUUAUGCUGUUGGCUUUGAGUCGGGAUUCAGACCACAUGUUUUUUAGGAAUGAAAGCGAAAUCAAAUGUUUGAUCGUGUAACAGAGAGAGAAUACAGCACUGGGACAGGGAAUGAAGAGACGGAGCAAAAUGCCGCUGAAGUGCCAGUAAGAGCAGAGGACAAUGUGCAGAGUGCCAUUGGAAACGGCAUCAUCCACGUGAGGCAGUGGCAGCCUGUGUAUGGCCUGGGUGGUGGGCACACAGGACAGAGCCAAACGUUCUGCAGGUAACCUGGAGACAGGGUGUCACAGCAUCUCCCAGAGUGAGGGACCGGGCUGGGUCGUUCCCCAGGGCAGUGUUGUUUGCAGUUGUAGGGCAGACAUUGUUUUGGCUGGCAGCUUUUUUACACCACAUUGUUUAGAAGGUAUCCUGUGGAAGCCAGGUGAAAAUAUUGGUGGGUGUAUCAACAUUGGUGCAUAUCCUAGGGCUCCUGAUUUUACCAAAACACCAGUCAGGUUACUGGGGCUCUUUUUAGUGUGUUCUUGGCAUUCAGAACCCUUUUAUGGCAGUGCAAAGACAUGAGGGGGAAAAGAAGGCUCUUUUUUUCCUGAAGAAAGAGGUCUCCUUUCCGUAAGUGCCCUGUUGUGUAAUAGGAUGUAUCUGUUCUGCCAGAUCCUGUGUGAGAAACACCUUUUCCAACCUUACUGAAGAAAGGAACUCCAUUUUAAAAAACUGCAUCUUUGGUUUUGUUAGAGUGAACAAGUGGCGGGGGGGGGAAGGAGGAGUUGGGAGACAGACAGCCAGACAGGCUGACUCCCUGUGCUCUGUAGCCACCGUAUCUUCUUCGUUGUAUGAUGACGAGUGAU